GCCUUGAUAGAAAAGGAAACAACAGAAACUUGAAGUUUAAGCAUUUUUCAAAUUGAGUGCAUCUCACUUGAAGCACCACCGCGUUUGUACAGCAAACAUCAGAUAACGGUGGUCAAGAACAAAAGGCUUUGAUGUGCGACUCGUGUCUUUCCUCUUUUAUCCGUUUGUGCAAAAUGUGCUUUUUUUUAGGCAAUAAAAGUACAUUUUAUAGAAAUAACAUGCACAUAAAUUAAACGUUGAACAGUCGUUGUAGCUUUAAAGUUUGAACGUUUGACCAAACUUGCAUAGGAUGAGGAAGUGCUGCCUUACACGAACCACUGUGUGCUUUUUGCUGAUGAGGAAGUGAAACCCCCACUAAGGACAGAGAGAGAUAGACACUUGUAGUCAUUGGGGCGGCUGCUGCUGCUGCUGAAGCUCUUCAGUUUGUUUCAACUCCUCUCAGGACGGAGGAGCAGGACAGAUGGGUUUUGGGGAGGACCUGUGGUGUCCACAGGCACACACAGCCGUCAUGGGCCUGCUGGACUCUGAGCUCCACCUGAUGGAGGUCAUGAAAAGGUGGAUGGGUCAGCGAGCCAAGAGCGAGCGGGAGUUUUCAGUGCAGCUUCACAGCAUGACUGCUUUGGUGGAGAAGAUGGACCGACCUCAGAACAUUGCUGGACAAGAUUACAUCAGUCAGCUCAACAAGUCCUGGGAAGUCCUGGUCUCCCAAACCGAGUCUCUCAGUCAGCUGAUGAAGAUGCGCUCUGAGGAUCUGCUGGACGGUCCCAUCAGCAAACUGACUCUGCUCAUCAGAGACAAGCAGCAGCUCCGCAAAAACUACGCCGAACAGUGGACACUUCUGAGGCAGGAGCUCAACAAGGUGACCAACACAGAGCUGGAGAGGCAGAAGAGCAGUUACAGGCAGGCGGUGAAAGAUGCAGCUCAGGCGAAGAGGAAGUAUCAGGAUGCCAGCAAAGACAAAGAUCGAGACAGGAACAGAGAGCGGUACAUUAAGGCUUCAGUCAAGCUGCACGAGCUCCAUAACGAGUACGUGUUGUCGGUGCGAGCCGCUCAGGUUUACCAUCAGCACCACUACAGUCAGAUCCAGCCGGCCCUGCUCAGCGCGCUCCAGACUCUGCAGCAGGAGAUGGUGCUCAUACUGAAGGAGAUCCUGCAGGAGUACUUUGACAUCUCCACCCUCCUCCAUCAUGAUGUGGUGCGCAUCCACAGAGAGAUGUCCAACGUCCUGACAGUCAUCAACCCCAACAAAGAGUAUGAGAGCUUCGUCCAUCAGAACAGGUCUGUGGGGGAGAUUCCUGCUUGUGCAGAUUUUGACUGCAGCCUUCUGGAGGAUGCGGAGAAUCUGAAGCCCAGAGAAAUCGAGCUGAACAAUCUCACAUAUGAGAUGAUCCAACACAAGCUGACGGUGAUAGAAGAGGAACUGCUGGAGCUGGCAAAGACUCUGGGCUCCCAGCAAAGCGCAGUCGAACAGCUGGAGUUGGAGCUGGAAGAGGAGCAGGGGGGAGUCAAAAAAGGGCAGAGGGUCUACCAGUUCAGCAAACGACAUGCGAUGGAGGAGUGCAGGCAGCAGGUUGUUCUGUCUCAGGGAAUCAGAGCCAAGCUGGAGGUUCAGCGGAUUCUUCUGAAGGAGAAACUGGACCAGCUGGGCUCCAGAGAACCUCCCAGUGCUCUGGACAUCGACUCUGUUUCCCUGACGUCCACCACAAGCAAUGAAAACAAUCUCCCUCCUGGUAAAUUCCUCGUGGAUGGGAUCCUCAAUAACCUGAGCAGCUUUUUCAGACGUGAGGUUCCUCUGACCAAUCCCAAGCAGGACAUAAACCGGCCUUUGGACGAGCAGGACUGGUACCACGGAGCCAUUCCCAGACUGGAAGUCCAGGAGCUGCUGAAACACGAUGGAGACUUCUUAGUGCGGAAGAGUCAAGAGAAACAAGGUUACGUCCUGUCUGUGCAGUGGGAUGGAUCCUGCAAACAUUUCCUCAUUCAGGACACGGAUAAUUUCUAUCGUCUGGACGGUGAAGGUUUCCCCAGCAUCCCACUGCUGAUCCAUCACCUGCUGUCAUCACAGCAACACAUCACUAAGAGGUCGAAUGUUGUCUUGAAGAAACCCAUAUUGAAAGAUAAAUGGAAUCUGGAGCAUGAUGACGUCGCUUUGGGACCUCUGAUUGGACGGGGUAACUUUGGAGAGGUGUACAGAGGUCGGCUGAUCUCUGAAAACACUUCUGUGGCUGUGAAAACCUGCAGGGAGAAUUUGGCUCCAGAGCACAAGAGCAAGUUCCUGAUGGAAGCCAGGAUCUUGAAGCAGUACGACCAUCCUAACAUCGUGAAGCUGAUCGGAGUUUGUACCCAGAAGCAGCCCAUCUACAUCAUCAUGGAGCUCAUUCAAGGUGGGGAUUUUCUCACAUUCUUGCGGAACGAAGGCCACAGUCUGACGACAAAGUUGCUGGUCAAAAUGACCGAAAACGUGGCAGCGGGCAUGGAGUAUCUGGAGAGCAAGAAAUGCAUCCACAGGGACCUCGCAGCGAGGAACUGUCUGGUUGCAGAAAACAACGUGGUGAAGAUCAGUGACUUUGGGAUGUCCCGUCAGCGGGAUGAUGGCGUGUAUUCGACGGAGGGUGGCCUCAGACAGAUCCCUGUCAAAUGGACUGCUCCUGAGGCCCUGAACUAUGGUCGCUAUACCACCGAGAGUGAUGUCUGGAGUUUUGGGAUUUUACUCUGGGAGACGUUUUCUUUGGGAAUGACGCCCUACACGAGCAUGUCCAACCAACAGACAAGAGAGGAGGUGGAUAAAGGGUACCGGAUGUCUGCUCCACAAAACUGCCCCGUGGAGAUUUCCAGGAUGAUGAGCAGCUGCUGGCAGUAUGAUCCCAAAAACAGACCAGGUUUCAAGAAACUCCGUUCUGAGCUUAGUGUCAUAUACAAAAAGAUUACGUGAUAAAAACUUAAGUUUGAUCCUUUUUCUAUUUACAUAACAGUUCAGUAGUUUAAAUAAAGACACUUUUUAUGCCAUAUUUAAUGGUUUCGUCUCCUUAUGUUGUGGAUGAAAAAUGGUUUUGCUUGACUACAUUCUGACUUUUCAAUAGAAAGCAUAAUUUAGAAAGUAAAUGACCGCCUCCUGACGAUGCAUCACUCAACAGUAAUGAAGUUCAACCAGUUUUUAACUGAUUGCAAAUAUAUUUGAUGCAGCUUACAUAAAGCAGCUCUUUCUUUGCUGUGGAUGUAGAUCUGCAUCUUUUCCAACACAGUGACGGAAAAAAAACAACAUUUUUUUCAAUUAGGAAAGCAGCUAAAACAUCAGAAAAUAUGUUUAACAUCCUGACUUAAAGCACUGCUAAUUCUAUUAAUUUUUUAGGUUUUUAAUUUAAUUUAAUUUUGUCUACUUUGUACAAUUAAUUUUAAGAGAAGAUUUGCCAAAUAAAGGCCCUCUGUAUCUGCUAUAGUGUAGUCACAGACCUGUUGUCUUGUCAACAUAAUGCUCUUUUUUUUUACAUUUUGCAUCCUCCUGGAAUAUCCUCUGCUGUCACUGUCCUAGAGAAUUGCUAUAAAUAGCAUGACAUGAUCUAAGUCAGAAUAAUAAA